CUGAUCAGAACACUUAUGUUUAAUAAUCUGUUGAUCGCUGAUAUUGCUAAAGCUUUUUUACAGAUCCAAUUGAGACCGGAAGACAGGGAUGUUACUAGAUUCCUCUGGGUAAAAGAUAUAAAACACCAACCAGACUACACAAAUUUAAUCAGCUACAGAUUUACCCGCGUAUUGUUCGGCGUCAUUUCAAGUCCAUUUCUCCUUAUAGCUACAAUAUUACAUCAUCUCGAGAAUAUAAAAAGUCCUUUGUGUGAGGAAAUUAAAACAAAUUUGUAUAUGGACAAUAUAAUUCUUGGGGCUAAAAAUACUAACGAGAUAAAAGAAAAAUAUAGAGAAUUAAUUCAGAUAUUUAAUAAAGCAAAAAUGAGAGUUAGAGAAUUUUGUUGCAAUUCAGUCGAAGGAAAUAAUAUGUUCGAAGAAGAUGACAAACACCCUAGUAUAGAAUCCAAAUCCCUUAAAUUCCUGGGAAUAAAAUGGGAAAUAGAAAAGGAUGAGUAUUGUCAAAAACUACCAGGGGGUAAUUAUCAAAACAUGACAAAAAGAGAACUUCUGUCACUGAUUCACUCAAUUUUCGAUCCGCUGGGAUUGAUUGGUCCAACAUUACUUCCAGCUAAACUUCUUUAUCAAAAAAUUUGUGCUCGUAACAUAAAUUGGAAUGAUAAAUUAGAAGAAAACGAAUUAAAUGAAAUAAAUCAAAUAAUAGAUGGUUGGGUAGAACAGGAAUUCAGCAGGCCCAGAAAAAUAAUCCAUGGAUGUGAUAACACCGAAAUUCUACAGUUGCACUGUUUCGCUGAUUCCUCUAUGAAAGCUUACGCUGUAAAUAUAUACCUUAGAAUUACAUGUCCCCAUAAAACAAAUACAAGCCUAAUUUUUGCUAAAAAUAGAAUUGUUCCUAAAGGCAAAGAAAAAACGUUGACCAUCCCUAGAUUGGAGCUUCUCGCAAUUCUUAUAGGAACCAGAGCUAUUUCCUUUGUAACCAAUGAGAUAAAACAGCCAAUAGAAAAAACAAUACUCUGGAGCGACUCUUUAAUUGCUACUUCUUGGAUUAAAACUAGUAAAAAUAAAGAAACCUUCAUAAAUAAUAGAGUAAUGGAAAUAAGACAAAAUAAAGAAAUCGAGUAUAGAUAUGUUCCCACGGACGAGAAUCCAGCGGAUAUUGGAAGUAAAGGUUCGUCGGGCCCUGAAUUAGCUAAAAAUAGUCUUUGGUGGAAAGGACCUUUAUGGUUAGGAAAAGAUGAACAGAAUUGGCCUAACAAUCAAUCAUUCACAAUUAAACCCGAACCUCAAACUCCAGUGUUAUGUUACAAAUUAGUAGACGUAGGAGAGAAAAAUGACUUUAUUCCAAGAGUUGAGAAAUACAGCUCUUUUUGGAAACUCAUAUACACCACUAUGUUCAUACUUAGAUUCCUUAAUAUAACUAUUUGGUCGAAAUUAAAUAAAAUAAAGCAACCAUGGCUCUCUAAAAUCAAGAUAAAAGGCAACUUCGAUGCGAACGAUAUUAAAAUUGCUAAAAUAUUAUUAAUCAAGCAAGCACAAGCGCGAGAAAAUCUCCCUACAGAACAAAUAGAAACGCUAAAUUUAUUCUACGACGAAAAUCACAUUUUAAGGUGCAAGACUAGACUUCAGAACUUACCAAACGGCUAUGAUUUUGCAAAUCCAAUAUAUUUACCCAGAAACGAUCCAUUAACAAAACACAUAAUACUAAAUGAGCAUAAAUCAAGACAGCAUUCGGGUCUCCAAUCAACAUUAGCCAAUUUAAAAUUGACAUAUUUUAUACCUAGAGCAAGAAAUCUCGUAAAAAAUACUCUAAAAAGUUGUCUAGAAAAAUGCCAGCGACUUAAACCAUACCAAUUAGCUAAAAUGCCACCACUACCAGAAUCACGAAUAACGCCAUCUAGAGUUUUUCAGAAUACAGGGUUAGAUUUCAUGGGACCAAUAAUAGUGAAAGACAUUGACGAAGAACGCAGUAAAAGGUGGAUCUUGCUAUUAACUUGUCUAUCAACUCGCACCAUCCAUCUCGAAGUAGUUACUAGUAUCAGUACACACGCAUUCCUAAAUGCUUUCAGAAAAUUUGUCGCUAGGAGAACUAGACCAGACUAUAUAUUAUCGGAUAAUGGUUCCAGUUUUAGAUUGGCAGAAAAAACAUUGAAAAGAAUUAAACCGGAUCAGAUAAUCGACGAAGGACUACAAAAGUAUUUCGCUGAAGAAAACAUUAAUUGGAAAUUUAUAACGCCACUUGCACCGUGGGAGGGAGGGGUCUAUGAGAGGAUCAACGGAAUGAUAAAAUCCAAUAUAAGGAAAUCAAUAGGAAGAAAAAUAAUAGACAAUGAUGAUUUUAACACACUCAUUUGUGAAGUCGAAGCCAUCAUAAAUUGUAGACCAUUAAUCCAAAUAGACGAUGAACCAGAAACUAUAAUUUUACGACCGAUUGAUUUCACAUACCCGUUCGCUCAUCAGGGAUUUCCACCAAUAUUAUUAGAAAAGGACCCAGAUUAUCUUACAAACGCAGAUUCGGCUGAAAAAAUGGUUUUUGAGUGGAAAAAACACAAUACUAUUAUUAAUAAAUUUUGGGAAUACUGGUCAAUCAAUUAUCUAAUAAUGUUAAGAGAAAGAAAAGAUGAACAUAAUAAUCCCAAAUUUUCGGCAAAAGGAACCCCGCAAGUAGGUGAGAUAGUUCAAAUUUAUGAUGAAAAGUUACCAAAAGGCUGCUGGAAAAUUGGAAAAGUAAUAGAAAAUAACAAAAACAGAUCAAUAAAAUUAAAAUUGGGAAAUGGCAAAAUAUUAAUUCGACCACCUAACCAUUUAUACAGCCUAGAGAUCCCAAGAAAUGAAGAAAACGAGGUGAUUAAAGAACAAAGUAGCAUACUAAGAGCGAAACAUAAAAAGCGAAAAGUUAUGGAUAAUAUACUUCUUUUUUGCAUCCUCGCAAUUAUGUUACCGGGAAGUCUCCUACAAUCUCCAAUGAUAUGCCCAGGACAGAAAAAUCAAAUGUAUUGGAGAAUAAAGAAAAAUCACCAACCUUGUGUGAAUUUUACAGAAAAUCCACCUCUCCCUACAACACACAGCUUUGACAUCUAUCAACCAAAUAUAGACCUUGUUCCAAUACCAGCUGCACAUUGCUCCAUAUUAAGCACAAAUUACAAAUACAAAAAGGAUUUAUUAAACAUACCACACAUUUUUUCGACAAACAGAAAAGAAGAAAUAAGCAUAGAAGAAUGCAACAGAAUAUGGAAAAAAUCAAAAUGUAGAUUAGGGGAAUUAACUGGAAACAGAAAUACAAGUCAUACAAAUAAUAAAGCGAAAAUAGAAUACUCUUAUUGGUCAAUCGGAUAUCAAGAAACAAGCGAAUCAAAUUGUUUCCUAAGUAAAAUAAGCAUUUACGCUAAACCAGAUUCAUCUUCAAUAUUUUCCCCAGGAGUUGAUAUUUCACAUUGCCGAUAUGAAAACGCAGCUUGUCUUUUAGAAGAUGAUUCACUGAUUAUUUGGGAAGCAGAAAAUAAAGAAAAAAACGAAAAAAUGUGUAAAUUUUCAAGAGUUAGGAAAUGGAAAGGCACUUGGAUGGGUAGAAUUUGGUUAGCUGAUAAUAAAGAGAUAGGAAUUUCAUUUACAAAUAACCCCACAAAAAUAAUAGAUUGUAAUAAAGAAUUAAUCAUAAGCGAGCAAGGCUAUGCAGUACCAGCGCAGCAAUACCAAAUAUUGAGCUUAAAAGAAAAAAUAAGAAGAAAGCGAGAAAAUAAAAACACAAGAAGCGGUUUAAUUUUGAGUAACCAAUUAGCCGCAGAACUAACAGCCACUGAAAUACUCUCUACAGAGAAAGUUAAAAAAGUAUUUAACCAUUUGACUAGUAUCUUUUGUGCCAAAGAUAUUAACGGAGAACACCAAAACAAAUUAAUAAGUGGAACCGACAGCAACAUUGUAGCUAAGUUAAUCAUGAAUACACCAUAUGUCUUAGAACAUCACAUUUCUACCGAAUGA